AAACUAAAUGUUUAUCUAAUACAAUUUCGUGUCGACUUUCAUGAAACUAAUUAUAAUUUUUUUUGAAAUGUAAAGAGUGGUCCAGUUGAACAGCUGACAUGAUGCAUGUGUUUUGGACAAACAGAGUAAAAGGCAAGACUCCUCAGAACUGAUAAAGAAAUAGAGAGAGGAACACUAUGCCACUUGCAGUAGCUCAUCAUCAUCAUGAUCAUCAUCAGCUACUCUCAUUCUUGUUUAUUAUUCUUCUGUUAUAUGUUUCUUUAGCUCAAACAAGUAACUAUGAUGUGAAACGAUCUGAAUUCCCAGAUGAUUUCUUCUUUGGAACAACGACUUCUUCAUAUCAGAUUGAAGGAGCUUAUCUUGAAGAUGGCAAAGGACUUAAUACCUGGGAUGUUUUCACCCAUAUACCUGGCAACAUAGACAAUAAUGAUAAUGGAGACGUUGCAGACGAUCAUUAUCAUCUCUUCUUGGAUGAUAUUGAGCUUAUGCAGUCUCUCGGGGUAAAUGCAUAUAGAUUUUCAAUCUCGUGGAGCAGAAUUUUGCCAAGAGGAAGGUUUGGAGAAGUGAAUCCACUAGGAAUCGCGUUCUAUAAUAGUCUUAUCGACAAUCUCUUACUCAGGGGAAUUGAGCCGUUCGUGACAAUUUACCAUCUUGAUUUCCCACAAGAGCUGGAGGACAGAUAUGGAUCUUGGCUUAGUCCUCUCAUGCAGGAAGAUUUUGUCUACUUUGCAGAAAUUUGUUUCAAAAAUUUUGGACACAAAACUAAGCACUGGAUUACUAUAAAUGAGCCUAACUUGUUUGCUGAGAUGGCUUACAUUACGGGAUUGUACCCUCCAUGUCACUGCUCACCACCUUUCGGUAACUGUUCUAUAGGAAAUUCUGAUAUAGAGCCUCUCAUUGUUAUGCAUAAUAUGAUAUUAGCACAUGCCAAGGCUGUUAAGCUAUACCGCGAAAGUUUUCAGUCAAAGCAAGGUGGUUCAAUAGGUAUCGUUGGAUUAGCAACGACGUAUGAACCAUUUAGAGUCAACAACGGAUUAGAUGAGGAAGCUGCAUCCAGGGCCAUGAUUUUUCAAUUCGCCUGGCUAUUUGAUCCCAUUGUACAUGGAGAUUAUCCUCCUGAAAUGCGUCAUUAUCUUGGAGGUGAAUUGCCAAAGUUUUCGCCGGAAGAAAUUAACAUUGUAAAAGGAAGUACGGAUUUCAUUGGCGUUAACCAUUAUACAGCAUUAUAUGCCAAGGAUUGCAUUCAUUCUUCUUGCAUUCCGGGCUGGGAUCGCCCUAUUCGAGGCUUUGCUUACACAACUGGAGAAAGAAAUGGAGUUACAAUUGGUGAACCGACCGGAAAUCCACUCCUCUUUGUAGUUCCAAGGGGAAUGGAGAAGAGUGUUAACUAUGUUAAGGAAAGAUACAAUAACAUGCCAAUUUAUGUGACAGAAAACGGAUAUUCUCCACCUCCUCAAGAACAGGAACUAGAAGAGGCAGAGCUGUUGCAGGAUCUCAAUAGAGUCAACUAUCAUAAAUCCUACCUUAGGGCUUUGGCUAGAGCCAUCAGGAAUGGAGCUGACGUGCGAGGAUAUUUUAUAUGGAGCUUUCUCGACAACUUCGAAUGGGCUAGCGGUUAUAGCCUGCGUUACGGAAUUCAUUAUGUCGAUUUUCAAACGCUUGAACGUAAACCGAAGCACUCUGCUAAGUGGUAUAAAAAAUUUCUUACAAUCACAGAUAGAAACAUGAGUGCCAUGAUGAUUGAAUCAGAAACCGCAGCAAAAGAAGAAAUAUAGUAUUUUCUUGAUAUAUGAUUCAUUAUCCGUUCUCUUAUUAUUUUUCAGCCGAAUUUCUCGGCGAUCCGGACCACUCGCAAGAAUCCCACUACUAUUGAAUUAUAAAUUCUUUUAUGUGAUUGUAAUUGUUGGAACAGUUUCAUGUAAAGAACGAAAUUAUCGAUAGAACAAUUUGACCGUGUCGCAGAUAAUUAAAGUGACUCUUU